CGGAACACAAACAGACGACGUACUGGAGGUUCAAGUCCAAUACUUUGUUUCAUAUCAGCUGUUCUAUCUCGUGUCAUGUCAGUAUUAAAUGUUACGCGAGUAUCAGAAAGAUUGCUGCAGUGGUUACAUUGACUUUUCAAAGGCCACCAUUCCCAAGAUGGAGGUUGACUUGGCUGACUGGAACCUGUGGUUGUCCUUUGCAACAAUCAUCUUCAACCCCCUCUACUGGAAUAUUGCUGCAAGAUGGGAGUAUCGGAGUCACAGUUUUUCCCGGUUGAUUAGGAACAAGUAUGUGGCCUGUUUUCUGCUUGGGGCCUCCAUCUUCAUCCUCGGCAUAUAUAGGGACAUGAGGUUCAACUAUGCCCUGGACAGCCAGCCACGCUGCUAUAUCCUACAGCAGAACUGGCUCCUCUGGUCCGGAUAUUUCUGCAUGCUGGUUGGCACAACAUUGGUGGUCACUAGCUACUAUAGACUCGGUUUCUAUGGGACAUUCCUGGGUGACUAUUUUGGCAUCUUGAUGGAGGAGAAGGUGAACAGUUUCCCAUUCAGUAUCAUUGACAACCCCAUGUACUGGGGAUCCUUCCUCAACUUCCUUGGUGGGGCACUCAUCAAAGCCAGUCUGGCAGGUGUAAUUCUCAGCCUGGUGGUCGGUGUUUGCUACACAAUAGCCACCAUGUUUGAGGGACCGUUUACAAGCAUGAUUUAUGAGGAGAGAAAUAGAAAAUUGAAUAAGAUGGCAUAGCUGGAAGGUUUGGGCCUAGUAUUAUGUGAUGGCAUAGCUGAGUGGAAACCAUCUGAGUCCAGUUUUAUGGUAAUUGGGAAGUGACUUAAACUU